GUGCGUAGCUAAUGGAGAUUAAAUUGCCUUAUGCUGGCUUAGCUAACAGAGCAUGUAUCUGUUAUAUACUAUAAUAUCCGCGCUUUUGUGCUUUUUGAUAUUGAAAUGGAUGAAACGGAGGAGGUAUUACAUGGAUGUGAAGAGGUUAGAUGGAAAAACGGUUCUUAUAACAGGUGGAAACUGCGGUAUUGGGAAGGAGACUGCUGUGGCACUGGCUUUACGAGGUGCUCGUGUGAUCAUCGCCUGCAGGGACGAGGAGAAAGCGAGAAAGGCCGUUCGAGAAAUCAAAGGCAGGAGCCACAAUAUGAAUGUGCUAUAUAUGGAGGUCGACCUGGCCAACAUGAGGUCCAUACGAGAGUUCUGCAAAACAUUCCUACAAAAGGAGAAGCGGCUGGAUAUUUUGAUCAAUAAUGCAGGUAUGCCCAGCGUUCUCGACUGGACCGAUGACAACUUCUCCAUGUGCUUUGGCGUGAACCACCUGGGCCACUUCUUACUGACGAACCUUCUUCUCCUGCGGCUGAAAGAGAGCGCCCCGAGCAGAGUGAUCAAUCUCACCUGCUCCAGCUACAAGUACCAGAGGCUGAACUUCCAAGAUCUCAACUACAACCUGUUCCCGUUCUUCACUUACUGCCGCAGCAAGCUGGCCAACAUUUACUUCACACAGGAGCUGGCUCGCAUGACGGAGGGGAAAGGAGUGACUGCGUUUGCCGUUCACCCUGGUUACGUUCAGAGUAGCUGGACCUGUCAUUACUCGAUUCUGUACCGGAUCCUUGUGCAGGUGGUGAUGUUCAUGUUUUUUGUCUCGUGUGAGGCUGGGGCGCAGACGGUGGUCUAUUGCGCCGUAUCAGACGAGGUGCUCCCGCACAGCGGAGGAUAUUUCACUGACUGUCAGCCGGCUCCUCUGCGAGCCUUCGCUAGAGAUUCUGGAGUAGCAAAAAAACUCUGGGAGGCCAGUGAGAGACUAGUUAAACUGGCGUGAUUACGAUUUAUAGAUAAGAUAUAGAAUGCCUUUUUUUGUUGUUUUCCUGUUUUAUAAGCAGACUGAUUCUUAUGUUAUUUAUGGAACACAAUGUUGUGAGAAUGUGAUUUUUAUGACAUACUGGUUUGAGUUUUGA